AUGCCCCGUCCGCGAAAGGGCGAAAGGGAUCCGGAAGUUCCAACCGCAGAGGAAGGCGACGCGAAACUGCCACCAUGUAUUUCGACCUCUGGUGCAACUAUUCGUAUUCCACCUGAAUUGAUGCCAUCGGAUGAUGAAGCCAUGGAAUAUUUCGAUAUAUACUUUACCCAUAUUCACUUUUACGUACCUGUUGUCCAUCGAGGCCACCUCUAUCAGCAAUGGCAAUCUGAUAAAACAUCCAUAUCGCCCCUUCUUUUAGAAGCCAUAUUUGCUUGUGCUGGAAGGAUGUCAGAUGAUCCAGCGCAAGGAGCACAAUGGCUUGCACUAGGAAAUAGGCAUGAAGCGGCAUUUAUGGAAGCUCCUCGGUUGAGUACAAUCCAGGCUUUAUUACUUUUACUGAAAGCUAGAGAGGGCUCACCGAAGAAGGGCUACUUCUACCGCUCGUGGCAGACGGUUAAGACCAUGGUAUCCAUGGCGAAGGAUCUUGAUCUUCAUGAACACCACAGCUACCACGCUGAAGGACUACCUUGCGGUCUUGAUACUGUUGAGUGCCUCGUCCAAACCAGAGUAUGGCAAACCCUUUUGGUGGUCGAAACAAUGAUCGGUGGUCCUCAAGGGCGCUCGGAUUUUGGAGUUGAUCCAGAUACGGUUGAAUACUCAACUACAUUGGAUAUUCCCAAUUUGGAUGCGUUUGAGAUCGAAAGGUCUCGAUUAUUUGCUUAUUUUAUACGCAAUGUGCGUAGCAUUCGUCUAAUCACAGAUUCAUAUCAUAAGCUCAAGAAACAACCAGACUGGGGUGCCAAUCCCCGAUUUAUAGAAAACAACACCCUAAUUCCCGACUGGCUCGCCAGCCUUCCGGCUGACUUGCAGGUCACAUAUCCACAAGAUGGGUCACCACCAUGGCUGCCGUCUCAUCUUAUUGCGAUCACCUCCCCUGACCCCGAGCUUAACUCUGAUGCGAGGAUAUAUUUUACCCGCCACAUGCGCCUUCUUGAACAAUGUGCAGCUGCGUGGCCUGUGCCUGAUUUACAGGAGUCAAUCAACCAACUUCGAUUGGCUUUUUCAGCGGAUAUUAACAAGCCAUUUGAGCUCAAGCGCAGUUUUCCCUAUGGUAGCCCGUCAGACCAACAUCACCCCAGCCCUCCAAUGAACUCCCACUGCAUGUCCACCUCCUUUGCCGCAAGUUGCCCAGAACAGAAUCAACUCACAUAUGGAACCCACGCACUCACUCCCCCAAUCUCUGCUGAGGUUAAUGAUAAGCCAGACCCUAUACUACAAGAGUUGAUGCAUGGCCAUGACCAAAACCAAAGUAUUCUUAAUAUCCCAUUGGCUGAUAAUACCAGCUGGGAUCCGACUCGAAUUAUCAAUCAAUGGGACCUAGCCUUUUCUGGAGGCGGAUCCAAUGCCUCAAGCGCGAAUUCGCCCCCUCCGUCGGUAACCAACCCAUCACACAAUGGCCAAAGCAUCCCUGCGCAAUACCACAUUCAAUUUUCCCAGACUGCCAAGAUGCCAUCGAUUCCUGCCCUUCAACCUAUGGUUCCGUCUGCUUAUAGUAAUAUACAGCCGGUGAUUAGCGCGCGGGAUUGGCAGCGCAGUGUUGCUAGUGUGUACGACCCUCAUGGCUUGAAAAGGCGUUGGGAUCAUCAGUUACCUUUGGACCACAACCGCGGAUAA